AUGCGACCAAAGGAACACGUGCUGUCGAAGCAGGUCCUUGAGUUCUUGAUCGAACACCAAGACAACUUCCUCCUCGGUAUGGAACUGAAAAAGCGCAAGGAAAAGAAACAAAUACCCACACCCCCUCCGAUGGUGAAAGCAGACUCUGAUCUGAUGCUGCCUUCGGAUUCCGACGACGAAGCUCCGGCCGGCGGAUACUAUGUCAUCGAGGGAACCGGCAGACCGACUUCUCCCCCCAUUGCCUCUCCCGUGCAGCCCAACAUCAGUGCCAGCCUGCUUCCAGCACCCCCAGUCAGAACCAAACCUUCUCCCGCUAAACCUGCUCCUUCCGACCUCAUGGAGAUGUCCGACUCCGACGACGAAGCUCCUCCAGGAGGGUAUGAAGUGCGGACUGGAAAUCCGUUGACAUCGCGCGCGGCGAUAAUCGCCAAAGCUCAGGCUGGAGGCUCAAGUAUAGCACGCAGGAAAACGCUGCCGACGCGAAGACCCGGAGACUCUACAGCCAGCCUGCGACGGACGACGAAAGAAGCGCCAUGA